GUGAGCGCCUCCGUCUUCAUUGAAAGCACUGCACAGGCAUGGCCACCUCCAGUCUCAAUUCCAUCAGGGUCCGAUUGUACUUUGAUUAUCCUCCUCCUGCGACACCCGAGUGUCGUAUGUGUUGGCUGCUGGUGGACUUAAACAAAUGUCGAGUUGUCGCCGAUCUGUCCAGCAUCAUAAAGGAAAAGUUUGGCUACAGCCGUAAAACUAUUUUAGACCUGUUUAUUGAGGAUUGCUACCUGCUUUCCACAGAAAGCAUCUAUAUAGUGCGUGAUAAUGAUAGUAUAAGAGUGAAGGUGUCCAGUCCUGUUUAUGUUAAUGGGGCUGAGGCCUGCCAACAGUCUGAAACUCAAAAUUCAAAGACCAAGAAGAGAGGGAGAGAAGAGGAGAUGCAAAUCUGUGUCACACAAGGUCAUAGUAAGAAACAGAAGCAUGAAGAUGCACAAAUCAAUGGCUCUGCACCAGAAGAGGAAGGCAAAAAGAAGAAAAAGGAAGAUAAACAGUCCAUCAACAAACCUGCCACCCCUCAAAAGACCAAAACAGCCCUUGCUUCUAACAAGGCCAACAGAAAAAGCACUUUCACUGUCUUAACCAGUGACAAAACAAAGCAUCACAAAUCCAUGUCAGAUUCUUCAGACAGCAGUGAGGAUGAGUCUCACUGUAAGGCCACUCCACUAAAACCUAAAUCCAAGCAGUCAAGUGCCACCAAGAAGCCGACUGUAGCUGCACGGAAAGAAAGCACGUCAUCAGACUCAUCCUCUUCUGAUAAUGAGGCUAAACCAACCGCCUGCAAAAGCAGUGUCCCUGUCCAGCCACCUCCUGCUAUGCCAAAACCAUCCACCUUUACAAACUCUAAAAUUCCAUAUAGAACACCUCGACAGAGAGAGAGCUCCACAGAUGAUUCUUCCUCCUCCUCAUCACCACCCAGCCAAGUCAAACCUUUAGCUAAGAAAUCACAAGAUGCAACUCAGCCCUCCUCAACCUCACAGAGUUGUGCAGCUCAAUCUACCUCUGCCCCCACCUCUAAAAAGCCCCAGGAUGAGGCAGACAGCUCCGACUCAAGUGACAGUGAAAUAGAGUUACUGAUUAAGAAACCAAACCUACCUGGAAUGGGGUUGAACACUGCCAGUUUGAGUCCUAGUGCUAGUGAGGCAGCAGGCAGGGCCAGAGGAAACACAAGAAGCCAGGAGAGGGGCAGAGGUCGGGGUGCAAACCGAAGCAGUGGGAGAGGAGGAUUUGCUAGGGCCAAGGGAACGCCGUUUAAACAAGACUUUGAUUACAACUAUGAGAAUGACGAGCCGAAACAGAGAGAUUCUCUGUCUAAUGAAAGUUUUAUUCUAAAGAAUCCACCAGCUCCACCCCCGAAACGAGAAUACACCACUUUGCCCCUACUGGCAGCUCCCCCUGCGGUGGGCCAAGCCAUUGCCUUUAAGCUUUUGGAGUUGACAGAAAGCUACACACCAGAGGUGUCUGAAUAUAAAGAAGGAAAGAUAAUUGCAUUCAAUCCUCAAACAAAGAUGAUGGAGCUAGAACUGCUCUCACAACCUCAAGCCCCAGUUGAGCCUGGCAAGUUUGACCUUGUAUAUCAGAACCCUGAUGGGUCUGAGAGAGUCGAAUAUGCUGUCACACAUGGAUCUCAGCUGACUGAGCGUUGGGAUUCUCUUCUGGAGCCCCGGCUCAUUGUGGAGAACGUUGGAUGAGAGUCAGACAGUACAAGCAGGAUGAGCCAUGUGGACAAUGAUCUUUGCCUGUUUUCAAAUUGAAGCUGUUUAUUUCCACA